CAGUAGCGACAUCUGAUGACGUCAACGUAUACCCAUCUUUCGCACGUGGUUGAUCUUUUCAUUGCAAAAAAUGAAAUAAAGAUUUUAAAAAACUACUUUAAUUCAAUUGUUUAUUAUUUUAAAUUGUUCUAUCAAUUACCAAUUCCAAAAAUUGAGACCUUAGAGUGUUUAGGGAUUGAAUACAGUUCUUUCGCAUUUCUCCGCUUGCUCGCGACCGGAAUCACUAGUUUCUUCUCCUUCUUUUUUUUCGGCCGACACCGAAGUUGUAGCAGGAAAAUGUCGUCCUCCCACCUUCAGUGGCUCAUCACCCGUAAUACCAGCUCCUUCGUUUUGAAGAAGCGUAAUGUCAAACAGCCUUUCUCCAGGGAACCACUUCACUUGACCAACAGGCAUUGUUUCAAGUACAACACACUGGUCCAUAAGAAUGUCAUUGGUGUUGAACCUGCCAAGGACAAAAAUGGUUUCGUUGUCGUGAUGAAGAGCAAGAAGAAAGUGUACAAGCCUAAGGCAUCCAUGGUCAGAUUCCAGAUUAAGUCUGGACCCCGUCACACCUUGGCUAAAUUGAGCAACAUUGUCAAGAACGGUUAUCGCAAGGACUGCAGGGGAGCAGUUCUGAAGAGGGCAUCUGCUAUCAUCCGCUCAGAGAAAACCCGAGUAGCCAAGAAGGCAAAGCCUGCAAAGAAAGCUGAAUAAGCUUAUGUAUGACAAGAGUUAACUGAAAUAAAUUCUUGUGGGUACAAAUCAAA